AUGCAUUUCUCCCAGAUCUUCGUGUUACCUCUAUUUUCAGUGGUUGCUGUGUCAGGCCUCGCAAUCAGAGAGGCGGACAAUGUUGACGGAGAAGCGAAGUUAGCCAAGCGCAAUUGCUACCCAGGAGGUGUAAAUUGGGGUAACGAAUAUCAAGUGGCCCUCGACGCUGUGGACAUUGUCUGCCGGGACGAAUUUGUUGGACACUAUGACGGCCUGUCCGAAUGGUCGGUUUGUUACAAUUUGAGCGCUGGCAAGCGCGUCAACUUCAACGUGAGGCGCUGGGCUGGCACCCCCGGCGACUUGAGCUUUGAACUAUGCCAGAAGUAUCUGAGACUCGAGAUUGUGGGCUGUGGUAUGGGCGGCCAGAGCUACCAAGGGAAUUGGAGAUUCAUGUCUGACCCCAACUCGGGAACAUGCUAA